GGGCAGUCGAUCAUUGGCUUAAUUGCCUCCCUUUUGGGACUCGAGUAUCAAAAAUUCCCGGUAUUUCGUCGUGAAAGUCUCACAUUUUUCUUCUUCUGGAAAGAACCGAAUGGACAAAGGGAAAGGACUGCCUUGACUCCCACUGCUUCUUUGCUUGCUUGGGCAGACUGCCUUGUCCGCACUGAUAGGACAGCUAGCCUUGCACAAGAGACAGGAAAGAGGCUGACUAGGACCGAUGGGAGGGAGCUGGCUUGCUACCGUUUGACUGACUUGCUUUUCUCCCUUCUUGGCUUCUUUUUACAGCCUGCUUUCAAACCUCGGGCGAAGGCCCCAGAAAAAGAGAUCAUUAGACAGGAUAAGAGCUGCGAUAGUGCACGGCAUCAAAUGACGAGUUCGAAGAUUGGACUUUUAGCCUUUCCUUUCGAGGAAAUAGGUCCAUUUACAUUCCUGCUGGAUGCACUUGAAGCCUUUCAUUCAAUUGCUUUGAGUGGAUCCAAAGACACAACAAGAGAGUCGGUGCCCUUGCACCCACUCAGUCAGUAUAGAGCUUGA